AACCUUAAGUUCCACCAAUACUCUUUAGCAGUGGUCCUCUAUUCCUCCCCAGCAAUUCUAAUAGCAAAUUUAAGAUGUGGUCUGUUUGGCUUUCUGUUAUUAGCUUGCUUAUUGUGAUUUCCACGCAUUGGGUUUAUAGGUGGAGGAAUCCUAAAUGUAAUGGAAAAUUACCUCCUGGAUCUAUGGGCAUCCCACUUAUUGGGGAGACCCUUGAUUUUCUAGUGUCAAACAACUCACUGGACAUCCCACCUUUUAUCAAGAAAAGGAUGAUGAAAUUUGGGCCAAUAUUUCGGACAAGUUUGGCAGGACGGCCAAUGGUGGUAUCAUCUGAUCCUGAAUUCAAUUAUUAUGUUUUUCAACAAGAAGGAAAAUUGGUUGAACAGUGGUAUAUGGACUCCUUUGACAAGCUUAUUGGCCAAGAUGUAAUGACAAGAGUUAGUAGUCAUAGAAAUAUUCAUAAGUACCUUCGGAACUCAAUCUUGAGUCAUGUUGGUCCUGAGGCUCUCAAGAACAAGUUGUUACCUCACUUAGAGGAUGCGAUAAGUCAAAAAUUGCAAGGUUGGUCUAAGCUACCCAGUUUGGAAGUGAGGAAAAGCCUUGCAAUUAUGAUUUUUAAACUUACAGCAAAACUAUUGAUGAGUUAUGACGCAGAGAAAUCCGGAGAUAAUAUUGAUGAUUUUUUUAGUAACUUCAUGGAAGGAUUUAUGAAAUUACCUAUAAACAUUCCUGGUACUGCUUAUCAUAAAUGUCUACAGAAUCGACAGAAGCUGGUAAACUUGAUGACUAAAAUAUAUGAGGAGAGAAAGCGUAAUCCCGAAAUUGGCAAAGGAGAUUUUCUUGAUCAAAUUUUGAUGGACAUGAAAACUGAAACAUUCUUGACAGAUAAAUUCAUAAUCUAUGUGAUGUUUGGGAUUCUCCUUGCCAGCUUUGAGACUAUGUCCUCAACUCUUACAUUAGCUAUUAUGUUACUUAGCGACAAGCCAAAAAUGGUGAAAGAAUUGACGGAGGAGCAUGAAGCAAUUCUUAAAAGUAGAGAGGAUGCCAAUUCUGGACUCACAUGGAAGGAAUACAAAUCUAUGACAUUUACUCAUAACGUUGUCAAUGAAUCACUUAGGCUGGCUAGUGUUCUUCCGGGGAUUUUGAGAAAAACAAUCCAAGACAUUGAAGUAAAUGGAUAUACAAUUCCAAAAGGCUGGUGUCUUAUGGUGGUUCCUUCUGCCAUUCAACUAAACCCAAACAUUUAUGAGGACCCUCUUAGCUUCGAUCCAUGGAGAUGGCAGGGUAUCUCAGCGAACGUCACAGCAAAGAACUUCAUACCUUUUGGAGCAGGCAUGAGGACAUGUGCAGGAGCAGAUUUCAGCAAGGUUUUUAUGGGUGUCUUCCUACAUGUGUUAGUCACCAAAUACAGGUGGACUAUAAUAAAGGGUGGAGAGGUGAUGCGGACUCCUGCUUUAGGAUUUGGAGAUGGUAUUCACAUUCAGGUCUUAACAAAGCAUGCAUGAUAGCUGUAUUUCAUCAUGAAGAUCGCAGAGCAAGACAACCAUAAUAUUAUAUGUUAAUUAAGUUGUUUGUAUUUUUGUAAUAUAUAAUACAUGUUUAUUCCCUAAGGUAUGUUUGGA